AUGGAUUUGCAGCAGGGUGCCGACUGUGAUAUCAGUGACUAUAUGCACACGGAAUACCACUCGCUCCCUGGCCAACAGGACGAGCCCGCCUCGUCGUCCUCUCAUUAUUCUGAUGCCCAGGAAUACGAAGAACCCACCCCGGUUGCCGGGUCCUCCCGCGCCACGAAGCAAAAGCACAAGUCCAGUCCGUCCACAAAGAAGGCGUCCGCCAAGGGGUCGCCCCCCAAGCAGCCGGUCCAGUGCGACUGGGAGGGCUGCGGGAGAUGGUUCCCGCGGCUUACCGAGUUGAGAAAGCACGCCAAAAAGAACCACCUGCCGCCCUCGAUCCCGUGCAAGGCCAGGAACGCCCCGACAUUCCUCGGUAUGCCCCCCUGCGAGAUGAUGUUCUACGAGAACAAGGAUAUGUACCGUCACGUCCGCAACGCGCACCCCUUGUUCGCCGCAGACUCGACCAACGGCAUUCCGCCCGAAGGAGGUCCCUGUCCGGUGUGCCGCGAAUGGAUCGCGCGGGACGACAACCUGAAGCGCCACAUCGACGAGCAGCACAAGGACAUGCAGAGGAGGGGUCGCCAACGGUGUGGGUGA